AGUCACUCAGGGAUUUACCGAAUCUGCAAGCCUCAAACAUUUGACUAAAGGUGUCAUAUACAUCCAAUUAAAAUGGGUUGCUUUGGAGUUUUGAAAACAAUGAUGUUUCUCUUCAAUGGUAUCAUCUUUCUGGCAGGAGCAGCUAUUCUGGGUGUGGGGAUCUGGGUGAAGGUGGACAGUGGGUCUAUCCUGAGUUUUCUGCAGAAUACACAAGGAGCUCCAGGUGAGCUGGGGCAGGUGUUGAACGUGGGAUACCUCCUCAUCGCAGUGGGUGCUGUGCUGCUCAUCCUGGGCUUCCUGGGCUGCUGUGGAGCGAUCAAAGAAAGCAGGUGCAUGCUGCUGCUGUUCUUCAUCAUUAUUCUGAUUGUGUUCAUUGCUGAAGUCGCUGGAGCGAUUGUGCUGCUGGUCUUUAAGCCUCUGGCUGAAAACCUGAUAAAACAGAUGGGAAGCGAAGUUGUGAAAAGCAUGAAAAACGAUUAUGGGAAAAAUAAGGACGUCACUGGACUAUGGAACACGACCAUGACCACGCUGAAGUGCUGUGGAUUCAACAACUAUACAGACUUCACAAAUUCUUACUUUGUGAACGACACCAAGAGUUACCCAGUUCAGUGCUGUAAUAAAGUUCCAUGCAUUGAGAUCACAGCUUUUCAUUCGACUAUACCAGGUUGUUUCCCAGCACUGAAGAAGCUGGUAGAUGAUAAUGCAGUUAUCCUCAUAGCUGUAGCACUGGGAAUCGCUGUUCUUGAGCUUGCAGCGAUGAUUGUCUCCAUGAUCCUGUAUUGUAAAAUAGGAUCAAAAGUUUAAUGUCUCACCUUUAGCUUGAAUAUCUCUCUGAUGACUCCUCUGGGUUACUGAGGACGAGGUGGAUCAUCUGUGAUAAUAUCACUGUGACUUUUGCAAACAUUUUGAAUUGUAUUUAACAAUU